AUGAAGUGGAUGAGACCGGUUUUCGUGGCGGUGGUCUGCCUUCUCGGGGUCACUCAAUCCUUGCCGGCGAACAACCUCUCAGAUGAUCUCAAUGUUACCAACGAGUACAUACAGAAGAAUUUUAGAAGCGUGGCCACCGUCGCGUUAGCCCAGUGGGUCCAGGAAGCCUCCUAUGAAGAUAUAAGCAAGAUGGUCCAGAAUCUCAGGGGCCUGCAGAAUCGGUGUUUAGCCCACCAGUCACUCCAGGAAUGUUCCAGACUUACGAUCUACAUUCUAGAGGACGAGAUGUGUGCCGGGAAGGAACUCCCAGAAAAAUACGGGUUUGCCGACUGCUGCAGUCGAGACAAGGAGAGCAGGCGCAAGUGUUUCUUCCUUCGCAAGCGGGAGGACGUGGGCUUUGUCCCUCUCCGCUAUGAUCCGAACCCCGAGGAGGACUGCCAGGCUUACAGAAACGACCCGGAAGCUUUCCGGAAUCAUUACAUCUAUGAAAUGGCCAGAAGGCAACCUUUUCUCUAUGCCCCCACCAUCCUGGCCGUUGCCCAGCAGUACGAGAAGGUCAUGCUGGCCUGCUGCUCAAAGGAAAACAAGCUCCGGUGUUUCCAGACCAAGGUAGCCCCCAUCACAGAGGACCUGAAGCAGAGCCAGGUGAUACACAAACACUUAUGUAGACUUGUCAUGAGCUUUGGGAAAAAAGCCCUAAAAGCUGAAAAAAUGAUCUACUUCAGCCAGCAGUUUCCCAGGAUGGAAUUAGCCACACUGCUAAACAUCAUGCCAGACCUGCUCUGGGAACAAAAUGGAUGUUGUGAAGGAGAUGCGAUAGAGUGUUUGCGGAGUAGGGCAGAGCUCAGGUUCUCCAUGUGUUCAAAACAAAAGGCCAUCUCCAGCCAGAUCUGUGACUGCUGCGAGAAGCCAGUCUUAGAAUGGGGCGAGUGCAUUUUCCAUUCUGAAAGGGAAGCUUCACCCCAGGACCUACCUCCCACAGAGGAAAAAUUCAUCAAAGGCCAAGAUGUGUGCCAACAAUUCGCCGAAAAGAAAGAUGACUUCUUAGAUGAGUUUGCUUACGAAUAUUCAAGAAGACACCAGAACCUGACAGUGCCUUUGGUCCUCAGAGUUGUCGAGAAGUACCAAGACCUGCUGGGGAGGUGCUGCCAGACUGAAAACCCGCACCAGUGCUACAGUCAAGGGGAAGAAGAAUUCCAAAAGGUUUUACAGGAAAGCCAGGCACGCGUUCAAGAGGACUGCACCCAUUUCCGGAAUUUGGGAGAAAAUCGCUACCAACAGAAGUACGCAGUCUCUUUCACCAAGAAAGCACCCGAGCUGUCCCUGAGGGAGCUGGCUGCUCACAUCGACCACAAGACCGAUGACACAGCCCGCUGCUGUAUGCGGCCUGAGGAGGAAUGGACUACCUGUGCUGAGCAUUCGGCAAACAUUCUUUAUGGAGAAAUAUGUGGAUUUUUUGCCAAUCGAAGCAUCAACGCAGGAGUGAACAAUUGCUGUAAAAUGUUUCCCUCAAAAAAGCUGUGCUUUGACGACUUGAAAGCUGAUGAGACAUAUGCUCCUCCAGCAUUCUCCCCUGAACCGUUCACCCUGCAUGAAGACUGGUGCCAGCUAUCAGAUGAGGAGCUCCAGAGAAAGAAACUGGAGCUCCUGAUCAACCUCGUGAAGAACAAGCCACAGAGCUCAGAUGACCAGCUGCAGGCGGCCAUGACUGAUUUCAGUGACGUGGUGGAAAAAUGCUGUCAGGCACCUGGACCUGGGGCCUGCUUUGGGGCAGAGGGUCCCAAGCUGAUUGCCAAACUCCAGGCGUCCUAAUCCAUUCCAGCAAACUCCAUUUUGAGACUGAGACUGAAAGACUCUGGCUGAAGAUGGAGCCAAACCCAUCGCUGAUGUUCAGAAUUGAGAGUGAACAAUAAAACUUUGUUCAGUGACCCUCAAAGGA